GAGUCGCUCCUUCUCCCUCCGUCCUGCACGAGGCCUCCUGUUCCCUCCUCCUCCUGCUACUCCUGCUGCUCCUCCGCUCCGCGUCAACAUGGGCUUCGGCGACCUGAAGACUCCGUCCGGCCUCAAGGUGCUCAACGACUUCCUGUCGAGCCGCAGCUACAUCGAGGGGUUCGUCCCGUCGCAGGCGGACGUGGCGGUGUUCGAGGCGAUCUCCUCGCCCCCCGCGGCUGACCUGUGCCACGCCCUGCGCUGGUUCAACCACAUCAAGUCCUACCAGAAGGAGAAGAACAGUCUUCCAGGAGUGAAGAAGCCUCUGGGUCAGUACGGUCCGUCAGGCGUCGCCGACAGCACGUCUGGCUCCGCCCCCGCCGCCGCCCCUAAGGACGACGAAGACGAUGACAUCGAUCUGUUCGGCUCCGAGGAUGAGGAGGAGAGCGCAGAAGCUGCUCGGCUGAAGGAGGAGCGUCUGGCUGAAUAUCACGCCAAGAAAGCAAAGAAGCCGGCGGUGAUCGCCAAGUCGUCGAUCCUGCUGGACGUGAAGCCGUGGGACGACGAGACGGACAUGACCAAGCUGGAGGAGUGUGUCCGCAGCAUCCAGCUGGACGGCCUGCUGUGGGGCCAGUCCAAACUGGUGCCUGUGGGCUACGGCAUCAAGAAGCUGCAGAUCGGCUGCGUGGUCGAGGACGACAAGGUGGGAACAGACAUCCUGGAGGAGAAAAUCACCGCCUUCGACGACUACGUUCAGUCCAUGGAUGUGGCUGCCUUCAACAAGAUCUAAACACACACACACACACACACUUGAGUCAAUAAAAGCACUUGGGGAAAG